CACUUCCGGAUGCAGUCAUGGCGGAAGGCUGGGAAUAGCCUCCGCCGCCCGUGCCCCAGGGGGAGCCCAUUCUCGCCCGGAGUUGCAAAGUGAGUUCCUUCUGUAGGCUUGAGUCAAGACCUCUCAGUCAUCUUGGUAAUACCGGGUUGGAUGCCUAAAGCUACAAGAAAAAGACCAGAACUUUCAGGUAAAAACUUACUGUAGCCAACAAUUCAGAUAUGGCUGAAGUGAAGUCAAUGUUCCGGGAAGUUCUUCCAAAACAAGGGCAGUUGUCUGUGGAAGAUGUAACCACAAUGGUGCUGUGUAAACCCAAACUUUUACCCUUAAAUCUGACUCUGGAAAAACUGGAGAAAAUGCAUCAAGCAGCACAGGAUACAAUUCGCCAACAAGAAAUGGCAAAGGAACAGCAGCAAAUAACCCACUGAUAACUUAGCACUUUAGGGAACACCCUACCUUACCUACUAAAGUAACUUAAAUAAUGUGCAUCUGUAUGCUAACAGUAGUAUGUUACUAAAAUUGAUAAUAUUCACAUGAAUACAAAGACUCAAGAUUGAUGAAACUUGUGUUGUGAAUUUAAACUCUGGUUUGUAUUGAACACAAGCAGUUAAACUUUUAACCAGAUCUUCUUAACUCAUUAUGUUUUUAGAAUUGCAAAUUAAAUUAUCAUUCACCACCCCUACUGCUAUCAGCUUUAUAGGUAACAUCCUUGGCACAAAUGAUUAAGUGCAACUCUUAUACAGAGAGGAUCUUUAUGUAUUUAUUAAAAACCUAAAUUUGAAAAUACAUUCUAAACUUGCAUAAAGUGUUUAUUGAACUUUUGUACUACUUAACUUAAAAAACAAAUUUUUUAAACCAGUUUUGUGUGCCAUGCCAUGUUUAAUGCUGUCUUACCUGGGCAACUGAUCUCACCGGUAAUGACAAAACUGUUUGAUUUUUAAGAAAACCUCACCUAUUCUGUAGUUACUUAAGCUUUUAAUUACACUAAUUUUAAGGACUCAAGAAUUACAUGACUGCCUUUAUCCUCCAGGUAUCAAACAAUUAAAAACCUAAAAAUGUUUACUGUAAUUACUUAUAUAAGCCUAAGUAAUAUGUGCUGGAAAGAGCCUAUGAGCUAAAUUAUGAACAUUAAAUUUGGAGUUUUAAUUCUAAAAGACUGUACCUAAACCUAUACUAGUUAUAUUCCUAAGAAUACCUUUGUAAAUUCUGAAUAUAAUUCUUGGUUUGCUGCAGUCAAUAAUAGGCAAUUUAAAUUAACAUAGACCUUGAGGCCUUGCUGAAUAAUUAGGCUCUGUAAAAGAGAUUAUUGUUAUUUAUUGGUAGCUAGUAUUUUUUCAGACAUUGGGUAAGUGUAAAGUUUUGAGUCUUUGGAGAAUAACUUUUUAUAACACUAUUAUUAGGUAAUAGAAUUUAAGAAUGAUGAAAGGUAUUAAAGUAUAUACAUUUUAGAAAUUUUAUUAAGGUGUAGAUCAAAGGAAUAAACAAGGGAUUAAAAUGUGCAUGCAUUUUUCCCCAAGUGUAAUCUUAAAAGAAUUCAUUUACUAGUGUACUUUCAAUUUAAAUGUUUGCAAGGGAAAAAAAAGCUGGCAAAGAAUACAGCUUAAUUAAGUUUACUAGGAUUCAAAUGUGCUUCCUUGUAUGAUUGAUUUAAAAUUUGCUGUGUGAAAUUAGAUAAUUCUUUAAAAGAUCUAAAAUAAAUGUACUCCAAAUAAAGAGUCCAACACUG